AUGACAACGCUUAUAACUGGAGGCGGAAGCAAAGUGGGCUCCAAGCUUGCCCUUCUACUUGAAGAGGCUGGACGAGCCGUUCUGUUUGGCUCGAGGUCAGGCCGUGUGCCUGAAGGCUUCGACUCCGUCCACCUGGACUGGAAUGAUCCCUCUACGUUUACCAAUCCCUGGUCCUCCUCGCGAACUCCAGAGAUUUCUUACGUCUACAUCGUCGCUCCUAUCACAGAUCUCCAUCAUGCCCCCAAAAACAUUCCAUUCAUUGACCUCGCAUUGGAAAAGGGUGUGAAAGUCGGACGUUUCAGUAGUACAAGUGUCCCUGACCAGCAUGUCGCAGACAACUUGGAGUCUGACUUUCGAGAAGAAAUAGUCAAGCAUGGAACAGUGACAACUUGUAUUGCACAUGGUCGUACCCCUUUCGUCGCUGUGGAUGAAAUCGCCAAGGUGGCAUUCGACGCCAUCGUCAACCUCGAGAUUCCAUUCUUGAGGCGAGACCCGUUGAUUCUGGGUCCAGAAUUCCUUACUUACCAGGACGUCGCAAACCUCCUUUCUGAGGUUCUGAAAAAGCGCAUCAGCGUCAAACUAAUCAGUUUCGACGAAGCGUUGGCGGUUUAUCGGGACAUGUAUGAAGGGUCUGGGCUCGAUGAGGUCGCGGAAUGGUUGGUUGAACUGGACAAAGGCAUCGAAAACGGUUCAGAGGAACGGUACGGGUCCGAGCCAGGAGUGGUACUAGGGAAGGUGACCAUGAGAGAAUGGGUGGAAAAGAAUAGACACCUGUUCGUAUAA